GAGAAAGGCAGAAAAGGGUGAUAAGCAGCCGAGGCUGUGGGCAAUAGAUGACCGAACUGCGCCUGCGUCACUUCCUCUGAGCAACAAGGAUCUCGGAAUAAAGUGUUUUAUCUGAAAGGGGCACUGUUUUACCUCCUUAGGCAACGGGCAGCGAGUAAUUAUGAAUUACCUCAUUUUAGUCUCACUUUUUUACCUGGGUUUUGCCGAGAAGUCACCAAGGCUAAAAUUUACUGUCAACGAACCUUCCAGAUUUCUCUUCCCGAAACCGGAGAGCUACAUGACAGUGUACCACCAAAAUGGAAGUGAUGACCUGUAUGUGGGUGGCCAGGCAGUAAUCUACCUGCUGACAUUUACUAACAAAGGGGUCAAGGAUACUCAAAUUAAAGUCUUGGCAGAUGAGAAUGCGAAGCAGGCUUGUCUUAGCAAAAAUGAUUCAAUAGAGAACUGCGACAAUUUCAUAACAGUUAUUCAGAAGGUCAACGACAGUCUUGUGGCGUGUGGAACCAAUGCAGGAAUACCAAAAUGUUGGUUGUUGGUGAACAAUACUGUACUCACCGACAUUGCAGCCGGCGGAUUGUUGGUAACCCCGUCUGACAUCUCCCCAGGCAGUCCCUCCCAGAGGUCUGUUAGUCUGUCAACAGAUGGGAACCUCUACUCCGCGCUAUCGGCGUUCGGCCGGCACAGAGGCUCCAUCCAGCGGACCUUCGGCUCCCGCAAGCUGCUGAAGUCCGAGGGCAAAUGGCUGCUGAAUCCCACUUUUGCUGGGGCGGCUGUAAUCCCAGCGCCUCAGAAAUACAAAGAAGAAAUUUACUUCUUCUUCACCGAGCUAAACAGAACGGCUGAAGUGGACGAGGAACCUUACAAGGCCCGCAUUGGACGCGUGUGCAUGGUGGACGAGGGUGGCAUUAAAACAGUGUUACCCGACUCCUGGACCACCUUCAUGAAAGCUCGCGUGAUGUGCGGCCUCCGUAAUACCUCCCAGCAGUAUAACAACAUCAGACAGGCCUUUGUGCUAACUGCCCGUGAAAACAGAUCUGGCGUGAUGUACGGGCUCUUCUCCAAUGCGUGGGACACUACGGUGGUGUGUGCAUACUCUAUAGAAGACAUUAACCUAGCCUUCACCACAUCUAAACUGAAGGGCUAUAGCCUGUCCUUGGCGGGACAGCGGCCUGGAACGUGUAUUCCAAAGAAUGUGACGCUGGCUUUGAACACCAAGACCCUGAGCAUAAUACGAGACCAUCCAGAGAUUGAGAAUGUGAUGAAGCCAGUAGGGGAAGCGCCUUUGGACCUUCCUACCACCGACAAGUUUACCCAGACAGUUGCUGAUUCAGUGCCGGCAGUCAAUGAUGAGCACUACAGUGUUUUGUACUUGGGAACAGAGAGGGGUGAAGUCCUCAAGGUCCUGCAUACAAUCGAUGAAGCCUUCAUCAUCUCCCAGUACUCCCUCUUCCAGAACGAGAGCCCAGUCACUGCCAUGGCCAUCGACUCCCAGAGGGGCCAGCUCUACGUGAGCACGGCCAUGGAGGCCCAUCGCCUCCCAUUGGCCGACUGUGGUCGCUAUGGAGACACUUGCAGGGAAUGCGUUCUCUCCCGCGAUCCCUAUUGUGGAUGGGAGAUCGGCAAGAAGAAGUGUACUGCCAUACCUGAAGGAUAUAACAUCAGCUCUGGUACAAUCAUCCAAAGUCUUGACUCGUCCAACUCCUCUUUGUGCGGAGGAUCCACCGCUCUAAAGAGCCGUAGCACUACUCCCAAGGAUGUGGUGGUGGACCCAGAAGGGCCUGUCCUCCUACCUUGCCCGGUGCGCUCAUACCACGCCACCUACCGCUGGGAGAAGGACAACUGCAUCAAGCGCUAUCCCUGCUCCAUUCUGAACGGCUCCUGCGUGCUGGCACCUACCCCAGACCUGCCUCUCAAGGAGGGCGUGUUCCGCUGCAUGUCGCUGGAGAACGGCCACAAGGAAGAGGUGGUGUCCUACCGGCUAGUUUUCAAUGGCGGAUCCCUGCCGGCCUCCCUAGCCUCCACCCUUGGUCCAUCCCUUCUCCUGGCUGCUGCCACAGUCUGGCUGUUGUAGCCCUGCCAACCCCCCCCCCCCAAAAAUGUACCCCGGAGAGAAUCGUGAUGCUUAAGUUUGGGUCGCACAGCACUUUAUCACAGCAUUGGGAAAUGUGCCUGCAGGAAAACAUGCCUGCAAGUUCCAUGCACACGUUGUUGUUAUUUUGACCCAAGAAGGUCCUCGGCUGUUUCCAUUUUCGCAGAGCCGCUGGUGACUCCCGGGAGAGAAAUUGUUCCUAGGAAGUUCCCAGAAAUAGUGGGCCAUCUUUAAAAUGGCCCAGAAGGAUCAUUUACAAUGACAAACCAGCCCACUGUGGUUACAUUUACUGAAUGGCAAAGGAAAAGCUUAAUCAGGAACAGGGUUUCUAGAUUUUAUGAAACCAUGUAAAAGCACCAAACUCGUGUUGUUAAAAGCAAGACGAUAAUUCUGUGACCAGUCCUAGGUGUCUAAGCCUGCAAUGAUGAGUUACAGUAGCAGAAGAAACCAAAGUAAGUGCAUAACACGUAAAUCUUGACUACUGUUUGUAUUUCAAUGCACCCCAUUUAUUCCAAUUAGUUAAAAUAGCUUUUAAAAGAUUGCUGGUUUCCAAACAAUAUUGACAUCAUGUGACAUCCGGAUAUUUGGCAUCAUAUUCCAGCUGUAUGGAGUGCUUUGCGAACCCAGCCUUUUCGGGCCCAAAUGGGUCAUUAUUUGAGAUAAAUUGGUUUAGUCUAGUUUACGAGGAUGUAUCGUAUUUUUUAUUAUUUACUGAUUUUAAAGGUGACUGUGCUACAUUGUGGAUAUUUUUUCCGGCUGGAAUACUGCUACAGUAUAUGGGCCUCGCUUUGCCAGAAACAAAAGUAUACAAGCUUAACUUGUAUGUCACAUAACCAACAAGGACAGGAGGAGAACAGGAUCUGGAGAGAUCCGCUGGCUUUGCAGUCUGGGCUGGAGACCUAGAAAUGAGACUGUCGGGGACAACACGGGUUGGGGGGGGGGGGGGG